AACAACUUAAGUAAAAAUAAUUUUGAAAAAAUACAUAAAAAUGUCAGCUAAAAAAACAAAUGAAAAAAGAUCAGAAAUACAGUCAGAAACUAAUACAACAUCUCUUGAUGAAGUUGCAGAUAUUGAACUUGAAUUUGAAAAAGCAGAUGUUGAACUUUUAAAACAUCAAGUUGAAUUAUUUAAUCCACUUUAUGAAAAGAGAGCAAAUGUUUUAAGGAAAAUACCGAAAUUUUGGCCGAUUGCGAUAGAAGCAGCACCUAGUGAUGAACUUUCUGUUUAUAUAAGUCCGGAGGAUGCUAAUGUACUUGAACAUUUGAUUGAUCUAAGGGUAUAUCGACCGAAUGAGGAUCCUCGUGAUAUUAAGAUUGUUUUUGAAUUUGAGGCGAAUGAAUACUUGGAAUCGAAUAGUCUUUAUCUUGAAAAACUUUUUAGAUAUUCAAGUCAAAAGGCAGAAGCAUCGUCGUCGAAUAUUAAUAAAGAGCCAUCUCAAUUGAUUUCAGAAAAAGUGAAUAUAGAAUGGAAAAAGAAUAAAGACUUGACGAGACAAACUAAGGGAACGGCGCCGAGUUUUUUUACAUGGUUUUCAUGGACAGGAAAAGAGAAUGAUAUAUUUGAAGAUGGAGAAGAACUUGCUAUUUUUAUUGCGGAGGAUCUUUAUCCAAAUGCAGUGAAAUAUUUUACAGAUGCACUUCAAGAAAAUGAGGAAAAUGAAGAUGAAGAAAUAGAUUUAGAAAAUGAAAACGGAGACAAUAUAUCAGAAGAAGAACCAUCUAAAAAAAGAACAAAGUUGUAAAUAAUUAUAUAUUUUAAAGUUGAAAACAUCUGAAUUUAAUAUU